CAUUUCUUGAUUUAGAGAAAAUGGAUUAUAUUUCAUUUCUUAUAAAAGGGUAUAGUUGUAUAGUGGUUUUCAUUCAUUCUAUUACAUCUCAAUCCAUUACAUUCAACUUAUUCCACAUAAGUUGUAGUCUGGCUAAAUAGAUUUUUAUUAACUAUACAUCGACUGAGGAGCGGAAAGCCACUUGAUUGUAAGGAGAGGGAUUUAGCGAGAAAAUCUCACUCAUUUUCAGGUAAGAUUUACUUAGCUCGCUCCUUGCUUGCGGAGCGGCAUACCAAUAAAAAGAAAAGCGUUAUCGGAACUCUUACCAUCCGAGUUUUUUCAUUUAAGUUCAUCUCACACCAAUUAACCUCAUUCAAUUUAUCCUCACAUGAACCAACAUACAAACCUUUAUUAUGUCUCUACAACUUCGGACAAACGACUACAACUUCACCACCCGAUCAUGAUCCUACCGGCCCCUCCAUGGAGUUGUUGCUAGGCUCUCCAAUUUGCAUCGUCUUGAUACCCUUCAACGUCUAAAUUUCUCAAAAAAGUGUACUUAAAGUUGAAGCGUCUCUCUCAGUGGAUCGUUUUAGUAAGAGUUUCUCAAAGCUCAUCUUUUUCUGAACCCUGUGCGUGCACCGAGCUGCACUUUUCUAGGCACGAGAUCCUAGUAAUUAAGAUGAAUCCGCUACAAGUUGUCGUUCAAAUAGAAAAUAGAGGGAAAAUUCCUGUUUUCCUGAAGGAGAGUCUCCUUCAUGCACUGCCAGGACGAUUCGGCCUUGUGAUCCAAAUUCCCCCGUUCAGCACAAAGGUUAUCGCGGCGCAUACCUUCUUUGCCCGCAAUAAGUCCUUCGGAAGGCCCUCUACCGUAGAGGUCCACCUAAAUGGGAAAUUGAUUCAGCAGUUGACACCGCAGACCUUCGUACAUUACCCGAAGAUCAUCAUUGAUGGUGUUUCUGAUAAUGGAGAGGGAUCAAUCAUCCGUGUGAUUCGUCCUCAACGACAGCUAGAAAUCUCUCGUCUGAGGGUCUUUAACUUUCUGGCAAAUGGCUAUAAAGAAAGGAAAGAAGUCUGGGUUAUGAAGGAGUAAGGACUCAGUUAUAUGCAUGGAGACUGCAGGCAACAGCUAUCAUAAGAAAUUUAUGCUUUAGUUUUACUCGAAUUCUGCGUGUUGUUUAUUAAUUAUUGUUAUGGAGGAUGUGUGUUGAUUCUGCGUGUUGUUUUUUAAUUAUUGUUAUGGAGGACGUGUGGUGUUGUUUUUUCUUCGUUUGUUUUCCUCCUGUGAGUGUAUUUUUAU